GGGCACGACCUCGCCAACAGGUUUUGCAUAGAAUUUAUAAUCAAUAAGAAAAGGGCAUAAUGCAAGUGAUAUAAGGCCAUUUCAGAGCUAUUCAGGGCUAUUGGAAAGGAAUCAUGCGGCGAGUGACUUUGAUACUAUAUGUUAAUUGACGCACUAUUUCCGCUAUGCCAUGAGUGAAACUGUGAAUAAAGUCAUCCAAAUGGAAAUGAUUUUAGAAACCUUUGAUAGAAAUGAGAAUUGUUGACAUUAUAAACGACUGGAAAGAACAGAAACUGUAGAGAAAAGAGUUCUAAAAAGGAAUACAUGUGACAAUAUUCUGUUAAACCGCAGGUUAUUAAUGCUAGGGCACAACUGUAAAUGUGUAUCGUUGUGGGAAUAAACGGUCGAACACUGCACUCAUAACAGCAUGUUUGAGUUUGGUCUCGGGUAUGGUGUGCAUAUUAAACAUUUAAUCCAAACGCAUCUCUGUUUUAUUAACAGUCUUCUUGCUCUUUUAGUGAUAUCUCUUUAAGAACAAGGCAAUUUUAUCUUUGUCUCUGGUGAUUUUGUACCUUUUUAAAAUCAAAUGCUGGUUACACCUCACAAAAAUAGCGAUAUUUCUACUUUGGACUGAGUUUUAAUUUUGCGUGCCAUACUCGAGUGUAUCUUCAAGAGAACUGUAUUUGGUAAAAUAUGUCCCAAGAAUUUCCCAACUGAGGCAGUAUCAAAGCAGAUAUAUAGUCCACUCCAGCGGGUAGAAGUACCUAUUGCAGUAAAUGCAAUGGUUUCAGAAAGUCCUCUCGACAAAAUUGCAUGCAAGACAGCUAACUGGAAAGACAUAUUUUCUCUACCUUGGUGUUUCUUCCUAUUAUAAAGCUGAUCUUGACGUUCUUGGAGCUAUAUGAAGUGCUCGCCAUGGUGUCACUGCUGAAACGAACACCGUCCUUAAUGCUGUUGCUGAUUCUGACGCUGUGGCUUUCCAGCAGUCACUGUUUCGCCCAGGAGGAACCAAAGGCAGCCUCAAGUUGUUGCAGUGCGUGCUUCCAAGGUCAGGCCGGAGCACCAGGCAUCCCUGGGAUUCCUGGAAGUCCUGGAGGUCAAGGACCUCUUGGCCCUAGAGGUGACCCCGGCAUUGGCCUGCCUGGACUCAAGGGGGACACCGGCGACCAUGGACAGAAGGGAGACCAAGGUGAGCCAGGGAUAAAAGGACUACCAGGAAAGCUGGGACCUGCGGGUCGAAAGGGAGAUAUCGGUGAGGGGCAGAAAGGUGACCAAGGGGAGCCAGGAAUACAGGGACCACCUGGUGAAAAGGGGCAAAAGGGUCAGCCAGGACAUGCUACUCUGGUUACACCUAAACCGCCCUCUGCCAUUGCAUUCAGCGCUUACCGCACGUCCAGUUUCACAGGUAAUGGUGGAGAUGUCAUCAUCUUUGACAACAUCGAAACAAAUCUCGGCGACGGGUAUAGUUCGCAAUCAGGCGUGUUCUCUUGCUCGGUACCUGGUACCUAUCUUUUAACAGUUAGUUGUUUGCGUCUGCGAACAGGUGUACGACUUUAUGUUAAGUUGAAAAAGAACGGAGAGGUUAUUUUUGCACUCUAUGAUAAUCAUGCAAAUUAUCAUCACCAGGCUAGUAAUUCAGCAGUCAUUGUUCUGGCCUCGGAGGACAGGAUCUGGGUUGAGAUUGGCGGUGAUAACAGUGGCAUUUAUAGUGAUGGCGGCAGAUAUGCAUAUUUCUCUGGUUUUCUAAUAAAUGCAAUGUAGCGCAUCUCUGAACAAACCCAAUGCCUUUAGUUUAUCGAAGACCCAGCCUGUGUAAAUAAACUAAGGCAUAGUUUUGAUAGUUUCUGGGAAUUAAUAUUAUCCAUAUUGUUAGCCUAAUAGCAAACCCUUUUGAACGUAAAUUCCGAAAUUAUUAUCAGAUCUUUUGAAGAGGGGUUAGGCCUAGAGUCAUCUCAAAUCUCGUCCAGGACAAGUUGUGGUAAAAUUGUGGGGAGAGUGAAUACUUUCCCCACAAUUUCCCCGCAAGUAGCAGUUUAUUUAUUGAGGGAAAGUUGUGGAGGAAUUUUGCAUUAGUAGGUCACUUACUGUGAAGGACUGUUUACAUUACCAGUGGGCUUGUAAUAGGUGGUUACUGUCUUAAGUGGUUUGCAGUUUCCAGAGACUGACCUUGGGUAACUCAACACACCAUUAUUUCUUGGUUAUGUGUUCAACACCUGCUUUAGACUGAAUCAGAUGGUUGUUUGGAAAACUUACAGACUUUGUCAGUCCCUCUGCUUAUUUUGCUUCGUUUGCUUGUCAAAUGUACAAGUUGUGUUACCUUUGCCCCAUGUACCUCCAUAUAUCUAGAAGUGUUUACUACAAUAUUUUGGUUCCCUAGCCCGAAUUGUCCAAUCAUAAUUGUAAUUACAUAUCUUCAGUAUUUCACAUCAAGAGAUAAUAAAAUGCAAAGCAACAAUAUGGUUUAACUUUCCGUAUUUUAUGCCAUGGUUUUUUGGCUAAAAAAACAAGAUAUUACAGGAAGAUUUAUUGAAAUACAGGGCCUGUACCCAAUCUCUUCUUGUUGAUGUCUUUUGUGCAGUAACAUGCCAUAUUACAUACAAUAAAGUAUGUGCCUGGAGUAAGACCAUAGCUUUCCAGGAGAAGAAAAACCUGACGCAGCUUUACAUUUUAUGAAAAGGGUUGAUGUAUAUUUAUUCCAAAUGAUACAGUUAGAGAAGUUUCAAAAAGCUUGGAGUAAGGAGUGCAGUCCUUUGCCUGUGGCUUGUCUGUCAUCAGAACCACAAGUGUCCUUGAGUGGCCUGCCUGACCAAAACCGCAGAGUGGGAAGACGGAGACUGUGUAUACAAAUACUGAUAGCUUUAUUUUGGAAAGAUUGUGGGGAGAUUUCCAGUAGCCUUCAACAUUCCACCGCAACACUCUUCCACAGUUUAUCCUCAACUUAUCCCGGACGAGAUUUUAGAUGACUCCUUAUGGAAAGAGUCUAGGACCCUUCAUUUGCCCCAUAGAACAAUGCUUUGGUCAAGUCCAUCACAAGUCCUUUGCAAAGUCCCUCAGCAAGUCCAGUCCCAAUAUAAGUAAUAGGUAUGCGUUUGUGAAAGAUUAUUUGAAGAGCUUGUGACUUAGCUUUUUAAGACUGACUGACCUGCACUGUGAUGGACUCGAAUAGAACAUUGCCGUAGAGUCACACAAAAUUAUGCACGUCUAUUUCGAUUUAGAAUUUUACAUCAAAAGUCACGGUAGUUUAAGAUAUCUGGGGUCAUUGAUACAAUUUCCUGUUAGGAUUAACGUCAUCAGAUGAGCCUAAACACGCUCACCGACAUUGCGCAAAGAAAUUUCGUCCCUACAAAAUCGGCAAGUGAGCAACAUUUUGAGCAUUGUCAACCAGCCCCGCGAUUAAUUGCUGCUCCCAAGAGGCAUUUCGCUUCACUUCGUUGCAUUAUAAACUAGUUGCAUCGGGACACUCGUUUCAUUAAGAAAACUAGUUUCACUUUCACUCAAAGAAAAUUACUCUGGUCUAUCUAAUAUAAUUGCAAACAGUGUACACAUGGAAAUGUUCUUAUUACCAAAAAUGGGUCACUUUGGAGGCAUUCCCGUAGGAACGUGCACACAAUUUUUCAAACUUUACCGUCCCAUAAUUCAAUAUUCCCCAAUCCGAUCUUAACCAAA